UGCCCACAGCAACCAAUCAGAUCGCUUCUUUUUAUUUUUAAAGAGGCCUGUGAAAAAUGAAAGAAGCGAUCAGAUUUUUUUGGUUGGAGUAAUGCGACUGAGGGCAAAGUCCUAAUAUUGUGAAUUCUCUGGGGGUUUGUAGGCCGAUAGGAUGUGUUGCUUGCUGUCGUUACUGUUCACCCCGCUCUCCACACCGGCUAUUGUCGCCUUCAUCGCCAUCGGACUGACAGCUUUCUUCUAUGUUCUCACCAAGCCCAAGCCGGUCUACCCGCCGAUAGAUCUGAACCGCCAGUCUAUUGGGACAGAGGGCGGAGCUCGGAGAAGUGCCUUACUGAAGGACGACACUCUUUUGUCUUACUACUAUGAUGACGCCAAAACCUUGUAUGAAAUCUUCAUGAGGGGUCUACGAGUGUCAGGGAAUGGAGAUUGUCUGGGAUACCGGAAACCAAAUCAGCCCUAUCAGUGGAUCACAUACCGGCAGGUGUCAGACAGAGCAGAACAUUUGGGCUCCGGUUUUAUCCAAAAGGGCUGCAAACCAUCUCCGGAACAGUUCAUCGGCGUCUUCUCCCAAAACCGUCCAGAGGUGGUGAUCGCUGAGCUCGCCUGCUUCACCUACUCCAUGGUGGUGGUCCCUCUGUAUGACACCUUGGGAGCAGAAGCCAUUGUAUUUAUUGUUAACAGAGCUGAUUUGUCCCUCAUCGUCUGUGAUAAACCAGACAAAGCCGCCAUCCUGCUCAGUAACUGCGAGCAGGGACUCACCCCGGGUCUGAAGAUCAUCGUCCUGAUUGAAGGAUUUGGAGACGACCUGAAGGAUCGAGCUGCAAAGUGCGGGGUGGAGGUCCUGCUGAUGGCAGACGUGGAGUAUAUAGGAAAAGAAAACUUCAAGAAACCCGUGCCCCCCAAUCCUGAUGAUCUGUGUCUGAUCUGUUUCACUAGUGGGACGACAGGUGACCCUAAAGGGGCACUGCUCAGCCAUAAGAAUGUUGUAGCUGAUACCAGCAGUUUCCUGAAAACCACAGAAAGCACCUUUGCCCCGCUGACCUCCGACAUAUCAAUAUCUUAUCUGCCGAUGGCGCACAUGUUUGAGCGGGUGGUUCAGACAGUGGUCUUCUGCUCCGGCGCCAAAGUUGGCUUUUUUCAGGGUGAUAUUCGACUCCUGACUGAUGAUAUGAAAGUGCUGAGGCCGACUGUUUUCCCCACAGUCCCCAGACUGCUGAACCGGAUUUAUGACAAGAUACAAAGUGGGGCCACGACUCCGACCAAGAAAUUCCUGCUGGAUUUUGCUGUAACUUGUAAGUUCGCCGAGGUGAAGAAAGGAAUCAUCAGGAACGACAGCAUUUGGGAUAAAUUAAUAUUCAAGAAAGUUCAGGAAACAAUGGGCGGACGCGUUCGGAUCAUGGUAACAGGGGCGGCCCCUAUAUCGGAAAAUGUCCUGUCCUUCCUGAGAGCAGCUCUGGGCAGUCAGAUUUUCGAAGCGUACGGUCAGACGGAAUGUGGCGCCGGUUGCUCAUUUUCAACCCCCGGAGACUGGACAGCAGGACACGUUGGCGCUCCACUGCCCUGUAACUUCCUGAAGCUGGUGGAUGUGACGGAUAUGAAUUACUACACAUCCAAUGGAGAGGGAGAGGUUUGUAUAAAAGGACCCAAUGUGUUCCAAGGAUACCUAAAAGACCCCGAGAAGACAGCGGAAACCAUCGAUGAGGAGGGGUGGCUGCACACUGGGGAUAUCGGGAAGUGGCUUCCAAACGGAACCUUGAAAAUCAUCGACAGGAAGAAGAACAUAUUCAAGCUGGCGCAGGGGGAGUACAUUGCCCCAGAGAAGAUAGAGAACAUGUAUAUUCGCAGCGCCCCGGUGGCUCAGGUCUUUGUACAUGGUGACAGCCUGCGGUCUUGUCUGGUGGGAGUGAUUGUUCCAGAUCCUGAGACUUUGCCAGAUUUUUCAGCAAAACUUGGAGUCCGAGGUUCCUUUGAAGAGCUCUGCAAAAAUUCAGCUGUGAAGACGGCCAUACUGGAGGACAUCAUCAAGAUUGGGAAACAGGGCGGCCUGAAGUCUUUUGAACAGGUGAAGGAUAUUUACGUCCAUCCUGAGAUGCUGUCCAUAGAGAACGGCCUAUUGACCCCGACCCUGAAAGCCAAGAGAGCAGAGGUUGCAAAAUACUUCAAGAGCCAGAUUGACGAUUUGUACGCCAAAAUCCAGGACUGAGGCGGAGCUCGGCGAACGUCAACAAAAUUCAGAGAUGACCAAAGAGACGCCAUGUCUGGAUGAGCCGAUCCUCGCUACAACAUACGGAAUAUCGGGCGGCUUUCAGUUCAGACACUACCAUGUAUCUAAUGCAGUGUUUCCCAACCAGGGUGCCUCCAGCUGUUGCAAAACUACAACUC